UACAUAUAUCCACAGUCUUACGUCUUGCGAACGGGCCGGGAAAUGUGGGGCGACCAAUGAUCAGGGUCCACCAUCCAAGGCAAGUCCCCUUCCCACCUCAUCCAUUUCGAAUUGAUGUGACCUCGACGUCUUUAUCCAGCAUUGGCAUGACGUUUCCUUUCCAUAUUGGGAAUCUGGGAAGCCCGGAAAUAGGCAGGAUUCCAAAGGGGGGCAGAGCCUUGGGAGAAGUGGCUUGAGAUCAUAGGGGACUUUGCGGGAGCUACGGAGUAAACGAAAAGCCGUUGGAAAAAGGUGGCGGCGGCGCUCUCUAGCAAGUAACAGAGUGGGAAGAAGCCAGUCAAGAUCCUGCACAGUGCAAGUGCAGUCUCGAAUUUUUUCCUUUCUUGUUCAUCCUUCUCCUCCUCCCUUCAACAAACAAAGCGGCUACAACUGCAACCGACCCUUGAUCGACCGUCCGAACCUGCCUUGGCCUGCGUGUGGUCACCUUACUUCUUUUUAAGGGGCGCGCGCUACCUCAGCCUACCUGUACCUUACCUCCUAGGCGCACCACACUGCCACACUCGUUGUGUCGUACCAUGCACGCCGAUCAGCACAAAAUCUGACAUUAGCGCGCAGCCGUUUAGAUCAGUCGGUCGAAGCAUUUAGACUUUUAAUUCCUCCCCCCGCAGCCUAUUUUUUUUUGAAAAAGGUCAUCUGUCGCAGUUUAUCUUGUCUGUUGUUUGGUUAAACUCAGCACCCAAUUCUCCAAAUCACAAAUCUUUGCGCCGUCGUAUUCUAGAAAUUUGAACCUUCGAUUGUUAUACUGUUCGGACCCAGAAACCAUAUUGGAUAGAUCCGUACUACGUCAUUUUUUUAUUCAAUCACAAAAACAGCCGGUUCACAGCAUAUAAUCAAAAGCAGCAUACACUAUAAGUCGGCAUAUUUGUCGACCGCCAUUGAAAAUGCCAAUGCCCACUAUUCGCAACCCGUUCGCGCGCAAGCAGCACAAUGAUGAGAACCAACGACCUCGGUUGGAGACAGCUCCGGCGCAAGAACCACAGCAGCCUGGCGGUUUCGACAAGGUAGACACAAUCGGUUCCAAGUCGUCGAGCAUUGCAGGCUUGAGCAUCAACAGUGGGAGGAGCAACGACACUGGCGAAUACAAGCUGAGUGUGGUCAAUGACAGCGGCGUCUACCUGCCACCUUCGCCUGUCGAAAAGUCGUCGCCUCCAUGGCCUGCGCGGUACUUGUCGCGCAACUCGUCAGACAAGUCCCGCGGAAGUCUCAGUACCCCUGAGAACGAACACUUUACCAUUUCCAGGGAGUCGUUUGACUCUUACCGUCGCUCAUUUGAUAUCUCUGCGAGGUCGCCCGUCACCAAGCAUGACGCCCCCACAAGGCAGAGCUUUGACUCGUCUCGCUUCCCGCGCCCGCGCCUGUCCAUGAACGACCGCCGGCCGGAGCCCACGACGGUGGAGGAGUCGUUUGAGGACGUUGGUCUCGGCGACGACCGCCAGCCCAAGGGCGUCCAGCAGAUGCAGCAGCAGCAGAUGCCGCAACCACAAAAGAAGCGUGGUUUCUUUUCCAAGUUUGGCAACUCGGAGCCGCAAACAGACGGCAUAUUACUCAAGGCUCAGGACUAAAAAAAAAACAAGCAAACGAGUAACAAUCAUCUAUUUCUUUUCUCAUGACACGAUUUGGCAUAUAGAAUACCCGGUGGGGGUCCAGGGGAACAUCUGUAUAUGACGGCUGAUCCCUGCACGAGCAAGCUCGAAGGGGAUUUUCUUGGUACGACGAAAUACGUCUUUAAUUAUUUAUAGAAGCUUGUAGUUGGCCGGAGACUAGGACUUUUCCUACCACUGAGCCUGAUUUUCAAUAUGUAAAUUUUCUUUCUUGUUCCUUUUCAAUUCCAUUUCAUCUUCAUCCCAACACGUGGUCACAAACUGGUUACAAAAGUACGACCUAUUCUUGGAGUUAUU